CAUAUGUCAAAUCAUACUAAAGAUAAAUAUAGUCGAAUUUUGAUAAAUUUCUGUUGUAAGAAUAAUUUUUAAUAACAGCAAUACAAUUAUAACUCCGAGUAUGUUCAUUGUGGGUCUCACCGGAGGAUUGGCGACAGGGAAGAGUACAGUGCUAUCAAUAUUCCGCGAUAACAAUAUAGCAGUUAUAGACGCCGAUGAAGUGGCUAGGAAAGUGUUAGAACCAGGAACAAAAGCAUGGAAAGAAUUAAGAGAUUAUUUUGGAGAAGAGGUCUUAUAUCCCGACGGAAAAGUAAACAGGCUGAAAUUGGGUGAGAUAGUAUUUGACGAUAUAGAGAAGAGGCGAAAACUUAAUGCAAUAACACAUCCUAGAAUACAGAAAGCUAUGAUGAGUAUGGCAAUGAUGUAUUUUUUCUCUGGUCAUAAAUACAUUGUAAUGGAGGUCCCAUUGCUAUUUGAAACAGGAAAGAUGUUAGCAUUUAUGCAUAAAAUAAUCACAGUAAUCUGUGAAGAUCAUCAACAGCUUGAAAGAUUAUGCAAACGUAAUGAUUUCUCUGAGGUGGUGGCAAGAAAGAGGAUAAGUUGUCAGAUGCCACUUGAACAGAAAGUGGCACGAUCUCAUUUUGUUAUUGAUAACUCUGGUAACAUUGAAAGUACAGUGAAACAAACUGAAUCUAUAAUUAAAGUAUUACACCGAUCUAAAUUUACUUGGUAUUUCCGAGUUAUUCUUUUGAUUGGUUUUCUAUCUGUGGCAUUUGGUGUAGGUCAUAUAAUCAGUAAUUUAAUUAAUAAUGUCACAUAAGUACCAAUUGUUACAUUUAAAAUAAUUUGUAUCAAUAUGCUCAUAAUACCUAAUAUAUUUGACAUUCAUUAUAAAAAUGUAAAGAAUGUUAUGUAAUUUCUUUGUUAAGAAUUUUACAUGUUUGAUUAUAGUCAUUUGGUCAAUCAUACCAACUUUUAUUAUUCUUUACCAAAAGUUUAGAUGUAUGAUGCGUUUAUAGUUUUAAUCUACA